AUGUUGGGUUCAGCGUCUCUUCCUUGGACUUUGGUGACAUUCCUGAUCAUUUCUGGAUUAAACGAUGGAUCUGAGUCUACUGAGAAAAACAGACAGAAAAGGAGCAUCGACCAGGAACAGCCUCGCCUGUCCUCCGAAAGGGGCAAUUUAGUGUUCUACACCGGCUCUGCCAAAAACAUUGAAUUCAGAACGGGAUCACAGGGCAGAAUAAAAGUUAAUGAAGAAGACUUUGCAGAGACUUUUAUUCAGAUCAGAAAGAAUAAAGAUGAGAUUCAAGAACUGAAAAGAAUUGCUAGCAUCCCUCAGAAUGUUUCCAGUCAGAUCACCCAGCUACAUUCUAAGAUUGUGAAUAUCGAAGGCAGACUUCAAAGCCUUGAGCAGACCUUCUUGAGAAAAGCCUGUAACAGCAAUCCCUGCCACAAUUCUGGAACCUGCAUAAAUUUGCUGGAUGCCUUCUUCUGCAUUUGCCCCAACAACUGGCAGGGACCGUCCUGUUUGGUCGAUGUUAAUGAAUGCCAGAUUUAUGCUGGGACACCUCUGGGCUGCCAGAAUGGAGCAACAUGCGUAAAUGCCCUGGGUAGCUACAGCUGCACCUGUACACCAGACACCUAUGGACCUCACUGUCUGUCAACAUUUGAUGACUGUCAAGGAGGAUCUGCUGCUCUCUGUGAACAUGGGCUCUGUGUUGAUGGAAACAGGGAACAAUCCAAUCAGCCAAAGUACAGCUGUAUCUGUGAUGCUGGCUGGAUGUCACCACCAGGGAGCUCUGCCUGCAGUGCUGAUAUCGAUGAGUGUAGCCUCCCUAAACCACCCUGCUCACUGAGCCCUCCUGUACAGUGUCACAACACACCAGGCUCGUACUUCUGUGGUCCUUGUCCGGCAGGUUGGCAGGGAAAUGGCUACAGUUGCCAAGAUAUUAAUGAAUGUGAGACAGAUAAUGGAGGUUGUUCAACUGUCCCAAUGGUUCAGUGUAUCAAUACAAUGGGUUCCUUCCACUGCAGCUAUUGUCCACCAGGCUAUGAAGGCGAUGGGAAACUGUGCACCCAGGUUAACAUUUGCUCCGUGAACAAUGGAGGUUGCCACCCACUUGCUGCAUGUACCAGUAUAUCAGGUCUCGUGCCUAGUUGUGUCUGCCCAGUUGGAUACACCGGGAAUGGCUAUGGUGCAAAUGGAUGUGUCGCACUGAGCAGUAUCUGCCAAAUACAAAACCCUUGUCUGAAUGGACAGUGUCUUGCCACAGUCUCUGGCUACAACUGUGUGUGUGAUCCUGGCUGGACUGGUGCCAACUGUACGGAAAACAUUGAUGAGUGCUCCAGCAACCCUUGUCAGCAUGGAGGAAGUUGCACCGAUGCGGUGAAUGGCUACUCCUGUGAAUGUACAAACAGUUGGACUGGGCCCCAGUGCCAAACACCCCAACAAGCAUGUGGAGGGUGGCUUUCAGGCCUCUCGGGCUCAUUCCGCUACCCUAACAAUCCAGGCACUGAGCGAUAUAAUCAGCAGGUCAGCUGCAGCUGGGUGAUUCAGACUGCUUAUGACAAGAUCCUGCGUAUCACUUUUCCAUUUUUCCAACUAGAGGAGAGUGUCAGCUGCAGGUCUGACUUUCUUCAGAUCCAUGAUGGAGAGUCAGCUUCCACAAAUACGCUGGGAAAAUAUUGUGGAUCGUCUCACCCAGAAGAGCUUUUCAGCAGCCAUAACUCUUUGUAUUUCUGGUUCCACUCUGAUCACAUGAUUAAUGCAGGAGGGUUUACAGUUCAUUGGGAGUCUCAGAAGCCAGAGUGUGGUGGUGAAUUGACCGAAACGUACGGCUCAAUCAAUUCACCUGGCUAUCCUGGCAACUACCCUCCCAACAGGGAUUGUUACUGGAUCAUCUCCACUAGUCCUGGCCUUCUCGUCAACUUUGCCUUUGGCACACUGAGUCUUGAACAUCAUGAUAAUUGCAGCGAGGACUACCUGGAGAUUCGAGAUGGCCUCCUCCCUCAAGAUCCCCUCCUUGGAAAAUACUGCAGCAGUGGGUUGCCACCUCCUCUUCAAACCACUGGCCCUUACGGCUGGGUCCACUUUCAUUCCAAUGCUUUCAGUAGUGACAGAGGUUUCCAUAUAACUUAUACAACAGCACCUGCAGAUCCCAACUGUGGGGGAAACUAUACAGGCAACAGUGGAGUUAUCAUGUCUCCCUACUGGCCCAAUCCUUAUCUUAACAACAGGCAAUGCAUCUACAUUGUUGGACAGCCACCCAGUGAAAGAAUCUACCUCAGUUUCACACACCUGGAGCUGGAAAGUCAUCCCAGCUGCUCUUGGAACUACGUUGAGGUCCGAGAUGGUCACACCGAGAUGUCCCCCUUGAUCAGUAAGUUCUGUGGCAAUGCGCUUCCUUCUGCCAUCACCUCUAACAGCAACAACCUCUGGAUCAAGUUCAAGUCCGAUACCGCAGCACAAAGAUCCAGCUUCAGGGCUGUUUAUGAUGUUGCCUGUGGAGGAGUUUUGUCUGGUGAGGGUGUCAUCAGAUCACCCUAUUAUACAAUGGCAUUGUCUCACGAGAAGAUAUGCGAGUGGAUCAUCUCUCAGCCAGAAGGCAACGUAGUGAUUCUUAAUUUCACUGACUUUCAGAUCCAUAACAUCACAAUUUGUGACUUGGAUUAUGUUGAGGUCAGAGAUGGCAAUAGUGUGAAUGCUCCCUCUUUGGGGAAAUACUGUGGUGUAACUGUACCUUCAAUAAUUCAGUCUACACAGAACUACCUGUAUGUCAAAUUCAGAGCUUCAUCUGUUACAAACCUUGGCUUCCUAGCUGAAUACAAGUCUUUAGAUGCAGCAUGCGGAGGGAUUCUCACAGAACCGGAUGGAACCAUUUCAAGUCCUGGCUACCCAACCACCUACCCACAUGGUGUCAAAUGUACAUGGACCAUCUUAGUUCAGCCUGGUUAUUUGAUCCGUCUCACCUUCUCAUAUUUUUACUUGGAAUUUGAUUACAGUUGCAACAGAGAUUACCUUGAAAUCUAUGACAACAGCACCAUGACAAAGUUGGGGAGGUACUGUGGCAGGUCAGCUCCACCAUCUAUGACCAGUAGUGGCAACACUUUGAUGUUAUAUUUUGUGACAAAUCGCAAUAUCGUUUCAGAGGGAUUCUUGGUUAAUUAUGCUUCGCUGAAUGCAUCUGCAGUAUGUUCACAUGAAUACACUGAGGCGUCUGGUGUGUUAACAUCUCCAAACUAUCCCAACCGCUAUCCCAACAGAAUGACAUGCAUAUAUAGGAUCCAUGUUGGGAACAACAAACAGAUUGCUUUGCACUUCACCAACUUCUCUUUGGAGGCUGGAGCUACAUGUUCAAGUGAUUAUGUAGAACUCAGAGAUGGAGGUUAUGAGACAUCACCAUUGCUUGGGAAAUACUGUGGCUCAUCAUUGCCUCCAGUUACAAUUUCUCAGAGUAACAAACUGUGGAUAAAGUUUGUAAGUGAUAUUUAUUUUGCAAGCACUGGAUUCUCAGCUUACUGGGAUGGAACAUCAACAGGUUGUGGUGGAACCCUUGCAACUUCUUCUGGAAUCUUUAUGUCUCCCAACUAUCCAAUGCCCUACUACCACAAUGCAGAAUGCUACUGGCUCCUGAAGUCAAGUCAUGGAAGCCCUUUUGAAAUCCAGUUUGAUCAAUUCCACCUAGAGUUUCACUCACGUUGUCAGUUUGAUUAUCUUGCUGUCUAUGAUGGCAAUAGUACCAAUGCUAGGAUGCUGGGCAAAUUUUGUGGCAAUCUGAUACCACCCCCAAUCCACUCUACUGGGGACAGUUUGUACGUAAAACUAAGGACAGAUUAUUCUUUGGGAGGUGGAGGCUUCUUUGCUCGUUAUAAGCAGGUUUGCCAGGGAGUGGUCAUUGCCAAUCGUAGCCGAGGCAUUUUGGAGAGUAUAAACUAUCCUAAUAGCUAUCCUCCGGAUGUAUUUUGCAACUGGACCAUCCAAACUACAACUGGCAACACCCUCAACUACAGCUUCUUGACAUUUAGCACGAAAGGAGGAGCAAGCUGUGAGCGUGACAAUGUAAAGCUUUAUGAUGGGCCCACUGCCCAAUCCAAUCUGAUAGGCACUUUCUGUGGCAACAUUGAUGUCCCAUCUGGAGCAACGACAGGUCCCAGUCUACAUGUGGUGUUUUACUCUGAUAAAAUAGAUGAAUCUACUGGUUUUCAAAUGUUAUGGCAUAUAAAUGGAUGUGGUGGAGCGCUCUCUGGGACCUCUGGAUCUUUCCAUAGCCCAGGGUAUCCAAACAAGUACCCUCACAACAGGGAAUGUCACUGGUAUAUUCACACAACCCCAGGAAGCAGCAUUCAACUCACCAUUGUGGAAUUUGACAUUGAAUAUCAUUCGAGUUGUGACUAUGAUGUUUUGGAGAUCUAUGGUGGGCCUGAUUUAUCUUCUCCCAGGUUGGCUCAACUAUGUGCCUCAAGGUCAUCACAGAAUCCUCUGCACAUAUCUAGUACCGGAAAUGCAGUUUCAGUUCGAUUCAAGACAGACAGAGCUGCAAAUGGAAAGGGCUUCAAUGCUACCUGGCAAGAGAUAGCUGGGGGUUGUGGAGGAGUUUUCCAAGCUCCAAAUGGUGAAAUCUAUUCUCCCAACUAUCCUCAACCUUACAGUAAUGGCAGUGACUGCUCUUGGGUCAUCCGAGUUGAUAGUGGCCACCGUGUUCUGCUGAACUUCACAGACUUUGAAAUAGAAUCUCAUCGUGCAUGCCUCUAUGACUAUGUUGCAGUGAGUAAUGAGAGAUAUUUCAGUGGGAUUGUAAUGACUAAUUCAGAUUCCCCUCUCAAAGUAUUUGAUGGUCCAAAUGAUGAAGCGCCACUCCUUCAGAAAGUUUGUGGGUUGCGGACACCUUCUCCUAUCACAGCCACCCAAAACACCAUGUUUGUACGGUUUCGCUCCGACCGCACCGUCCAUCUCAGAGGCUUUAAGGCUCAGUUCACCGAAGUGUGUGGAAGUGUCUUGGAAGCUGAUUCAUUUGGUGCAACAAUUUCCUCUCCUCUGUACCCAGCCAGCUACCCCAACAAUCAGAACUGCAGUUGGAUUAUUCGAGCUCAAGAACCAUUCAAUCAUGUUACACUGUCAUUUAUGGACUUUGCAACUGAAGACAGCAGGCACAAUUGCAGCACAGAUUAUGUAGAAAUUCGGGAAGGGGAUAAUUAUGAUGCACCUCUGCAAGGGCGUUACUGUGGCACCACCAUUCCACAUCCUGUCACUUCUUUUGGCAAUGCUUUGUCUAUUAAUUUUGCCUCCAAUAACGCCAUUGUUGCCAAAGGGUUCCACGCCACCUUUGCUGCAUCAACAUCUGCCUGCGGAGGUACCUUCCAUAUGGAGAGAGGAGCCUUCAAUAGCCCCAACUUCCCUGAGCCUUACCCACCGAAUAUUGAAUGUGUCUGGAACAUUCUGAGUUCCCCUGGCAACCAGCUCCAGCUGUCUUUCACAGAAUUUCAGAUGGAAGAAAGUGAAGGCUGUACCAAGGAUUAUCUAGAAAUUAGAGAAGGCAAUUUCAGUGGCCUGCUGGUGGGACAAUAUUGUGGCAACUCCUUGCCGGUGAAUUAUACCUCUAUCACUGGACACAUCCUGUGGGUUAAAUUUGUCUCAGAUGGCUCAGAAGGUGGACGUGGCUUCCGGGCUACAUUUGCUAACAUGUUUGGAAAUAAUAUUGUGGGGAACAGAGGUCAAAUUGCAUCUCCACUUUGGCCUAGAAAUUACCCUCAUCACUCCAACUACCAGUGGACUUUAACUGUCAAUGCAACGCAAGUGAUCCAUGGUGAGAUCACAGAGAUGGAUAUUGAAGAUUUGUAUAGCUGCUAUUAUGACAAUCUGAAGGUGUACGAUGGGCCCAACACACACGCUCGUCUCAUUGGAGCAUAUUGCGGUGUAGCCCCAACUUCUUUCACCUCCUCUGGAAGCUCUGUCACUCUCAAGUUCACCUCUGAUUUUUCCGUAAAUGGAAAGGGUUUCCUUUUGGACUGGUAUGCAGUGGAAGAACCUACAGCUGUUGGACAUGCCAUUCCUAUAGGUGCCUGUGGAGGUUCCUCAAGAACCAGUGAAGAACCUUUAUUCCUGUUCUCACCAGGGUGGCCCUCAAACUACAGGAGUUUUGCUGAUUGUACAUGGGUUAUCAGAGCACCAGACUCAACAGUGGAGUUCAACAUCCUGGCCCUGGAUAUUGAGUCUCACCGCUCAUGCAACUAUGAUAAACUUGUCUUCCGAGAUGGAGACAACAGUCUUUCACCAGUUCUGUCCCUUGUAUGUGGCCGUGAAAUUCCUGGACCAAUAAGAUCCACUGGGAAUGCCUUGUUCAUCCAGUUCACUUCAGAUGCAAGUAUUACCGGUGGUGGGUUUAAUGCUUCUUACCACAAAAGUUGUGGUGGCUACUUACAUGCAGACAGAGGUGUGAUCACUUCACCCAGUUAUCCACAAACCUAUCCUCCUAGCCUUAAUUGUUCUUGGCAUGUUUUGGUUACUGCUGGUUUCAUCAUUGGUGUCCAUUUUGAGCAGCUAUUCCAAGUGCCAAAUGAAGAUGCUUUCUGCAGCCAUGGAGAUUAUGUUGAGCUUAGAAAUGGACCAGAUCUCUCUGCUCCACCAUUGGGACCUGGUGGCAGGAAUGGGCUCUUUUGUGGUAGCAGUUCCUUUUCUACAAUGUACACCACAGACAAUCAGCUAUUUGUCCAUUUCAAUUCUGAUAGCAGUGGUGGAGGGCAAGGUUUCAAGCUGAAGUACGAGGCAAAGGGUCUUGCUUGUGGGGGGAACAUCUAUAUCAGUCAAUCCAACCCCUCUGGACUGGUCUCAUCGCCCAACUAUCCUGGCAAUUACCCACCACAUGCUGAUUGUGUCUGGACAAUAAUUGCUCCUUAUGGGGAUGCAGUGGAGCUGCAGUUUGAAGAUCAAUUUCAUAUUCAGCUUUCACCCAACUGCAGAUCAAGCUACCUUGAACUACGAGAUGGUGCUGAUGCCAAUUCACCAGUGAUCGCCAAGUUGUGUGGGGAUUCUUUGCCAGGCAUUCAAAGAUCAUCUGGUUCUACUUUAUAUAUGAGAUUUCGGUCAGACAGUAUAGACACACAUGCUGGAUUCAAUGCCAAGUAUUCAACAGCUAUAUGUGGUGGAACGCUGACAGGACAAAAUGGACUCAUUGAAAGUGUUGGAUUUCCUGAUCUCCACUAUCCAGACAAUUUGCUGUGUGAAUGGUUUCUUCACGGACCUGCGGGUCAUUAUCUCACCAUUAGCUUUGAAGAACUCAAUAUCCAGAAUUCAUCUGAGUGUGCAAGUGACUAUUUGGAAAUUCGAGAACAUGAUGCUUCAGGGGAUUUAUUAGGUAAAUAUUGUGGUGCUACAAUACCUAAUGCAAUCGACACCUCCGGGAACCUGGCUUAUAUCAAGUUUGUCACUGAUGGAUCCGUCAACGCUCCAGGCUUCAAGCUGUAUUUUUCUGCUAGUGUUGAAGAAUGUGGAGGUGAUCUCCGUGGCACUGUUGGGACAUUUACCUCCCCCAACUAUCCAAAUCCCUACCUGCACAAAUUAAAAUGUGAAUGGAGAAUCAUGGUGCCAUUUGGACGAAGGGUCACCCUUACCAUUCGCGACAUGACUUUUGGAUUCAGCCAGAAUUGUAGUUUGGACUAUGUGGCCGUUCACAAUGGCUUUGGUGACAACGCACCUAGGCUCUCCAAACUAUGUGGUUUGGUGACUCCAGGCACGCAGGUGAAAUCCUCUGGAAACAAGAUAACAGUAUUUAUGGUCAAAAGCCAUGAUGAUUUAGAGGCGAGCUUCAGAAUGGCAUAUGCUUCUGAUGAAGAAGCAGUGUGUGUGGGAUAUCUGCUGAGUUCAGAGGCUGGGAAUCUCACUUCUCCUGGUUAUGAUGGCAUCAGCAAUUAUGCAAACAAUCUAAACUGCGAAUGGGUCAUCCAAAAUCCACAGCCAUCGGUCUCAACUAUUUACCUGCUGUUUGAAGAUUUCCACUUGGAGCAGCACAUUAAUUGCCAGAAUGAUUACUUAGAAAUCUGGCAAGGGGAUUCUGAUGGAGAGCUCUUAUACAGACUAUGCGGCCAAAGGGCACCUGAAAAUCCUAUACUAAUAGCAGCUCCUCAGAUCUGGUUACAGUUUUUGACUAACAAUGAAAAUACAGACAAAGGAUUCUUUAUCCACUACUCAUCCCUAGCCUGUGGUGGUGUGAUGGAAGGUGAAAGUGGUAUUAUCUCAAGCCCUAACUACCCACAGCCUUACAAUAAGUCUAGCCACUGCUCCUGGCUCUUGGUAGCACCAGAGGGACAUACGAUUAAUCUUACCUUUGUGGCCUUUGAAACUGAAAAUGACAGGGCUUGUAGAUGGGACUCGCUCACCAUCCUCAAUGGCGGAUCUCCUGGUUCUCCUAUCAUAGGACAAUACUGUGGAACUGCAUCACCAGGCACCAUUCAGUCAGGCUCCAAUCAGUUAUUAAUAAACUUUAAUUCAGACCACUCUGUGCAGGGAGAUGGUUUCUAUGCAACAUGGACUGCAGAUUCUUUAGGAUGUGGAGGUAUCCUUCAUUCAGAAAAUGGCACCAUCAGCUCUCCCCACUGGCCACAGAACUUCCCUAAUAAUAUUAGGUGCUCAUGGACAAUAAUUACCCAUGAAAGCAAAUAUCUGGAGAUAACCUUUGAUGAGAACUUCCAGAUUCCAGAUAGUGAUGGACAGUGUCAGGGCAGUUUUGUGAAGGUGUUGAGAGGAAAUGAUAAUGAACAGGAAGACAUGGUAUUAGCUGUUGGGUGUGGAAAUUCAGCUCCUGGAUCUAUUGUUGCUCCAGGAAAUGUGGUGACAACAGUGUUUCAGUCGCAGGACAUCCCAGGACAUGGCUUUUCUGCAUCUUUUAAAAGCAGGUGUGGAGCAAAUUUUACUGCCCAAUCAGGUCGUAUUGUCUCUCCUAACUUUCCCCACCCAUAUGACAACUACUUGAAUUGCAAUUACAUCAUAGAUGUGGGACCCCAAUCCGUUGUCAUUCUGAAUUUUGACACAUUUGAUUUGCAAUCUCAUAAUGCUCUAGGAGACUGUGCUUACGAUGGAUUAAAGGUCUACAGAGGGAACAGGGUUGGUCCAUAUCCUGUGGAAACAUUUUGUGGUAAUGAAAUUCCUAAUCCUGUCAGCAUCUUUGGAUCUACACUGCUGAAUUUCUACACAGACUCUCAUGCUGUUGGCAUCGGAUUUCUGGCCACUUAUGUUGUUGUCCCUUGUGGUGGUGCAUUUAAUACCUCCAGAGGCACCGUGAGAAGCCCUACCCAUUCAUUCACUGAGUAUCAUCAUGAUAUGAACUGUUCCUACCACAUCACCGUUGGAAGCAACAAGAUAGUGGCACUCAAAUUCAACAGCUUCCAUCUCGAAGCCUCUUCAUCUUGCCACAAAGAUUCUGUUGUUGUGUAUGAUGGUCCGAACAUCUCUUCUCCACUGCUUGGCACAUUCUGUGGUGCAGCCCUUCCUCCCUCUAUCAAGAGCUCCACAAACAACUUGCUCGUCGUGUUUAGGACUGAUUCCUCUGGAGCAGCCAAUGGAUGGAAAGCAUCUUUCAGAGCGACAAUAGGUCCUCAGCAAGGUUGUGGUGGUUAUCUGACAAAUUCAAGUUCCAGCUUUGGCUCUCCAGACUCCGACAGGGAUGGCAGAUAUGACAAAGAUCUAGAAUGCAUGUGGAUUAUAGCCGCCCCUGUAAACAAGCUGAUCAAUCUCACCUUUAACACUUUUCAACUGGAAGCAGCAGCAUCUUAUCAGAACUGCCGCUACGACUAUGUCAAACUGUACGACGGUAGUAAUGAAAAUGCUACACCAGUUGGCACAUUUUGUGGCUCCAGCAUUCCAGCUCACUUUCUUUCUUCUGACAACUUCUUGACUGUUAAGUUUGUGACUGACACAUAUGUAGAAAGAGCAGGUUUCAACUGUACCUACACUACUGUGGAUAGACUGUGUGGAGGUGUAUAUAAUGCAACUUCUACCACCCAAACGGCAACAUCGCCCUACUUUCCAGAGGCAUAUCCCCCGUUUAUAUUCUGCAGAUGGGUUAUUGACGCCCCUCCUGAGGAACAGGUGAAACUAGGAGUGCAAGAAUUCCACCUCCAGCCCACCCAGGACUGCUCUCAGAAUUAUCUAGAGUUCCAGGACUCACCUCUGGGAAAUCAAGAACAUGGUGAUCGUAUCCACCGAUUCUGUGGCUCAGAAAAGUUUGUGAUUCCUGAGUUUUACUCUUACAGGAGAACUGCCAUUGUAAUUUUCAAAUCAGAAGCCUAUAUGAUAAAUAAUGGACUCAGCUUCUCCUAUCAAGCUUUAGGCUGCAACAGGGAAUAUAACCAAUCAUUUGGCUAUUUGAAAAGCCCUGGCUGGCCUAAUCCUUACCCUCAUAACCUGGAUUGCACCAUUAUUCUACGAUCCCCACUAAAUCACACCAUCUCUCUCUUUUUCAAUUCCUUUAACCUACAAGAUGAUGGGUGUCAUGACUUCUUAGAGGUCAGAAAUGGGAGUGAUGCAAGGUCUCCACUGCUUAGCAUGUACUGUGGAAGCAGCUUACCCAAUCCUGUUUUUGCUAAAAACCAUGUUCUAUAUCUACAUUUCAAAAGCGACAUCCUAGUUUCCAAUGAAGGAUAUGAGAUUACAUGGACUUCAUCACCAACUGGAUGUGGUGGCACCUUAUAUGGUGAGACUGGUUCAUUAACCAGCCCAGGGUACCCUGCUUCUUACCAGAAUCAGACAGACUGCGAGUGGACAAUUAAAGCCCCCCAAGGAAGAGUUAUUACAGUUAUUUUUGCUUUCAUCAGCAUUGAUGAUCCAGGUGACUGUACAAGCAACUACCUGAAACUCUAUAAUGGACCAGACAGUAGCCAUACAUCCAUUGGACCAUACUGUGGAAUGGACACAAACAUUGUUCCAUUUACAGCUUCAUCACAUCAAGUGGUCAUAAAAUUCCAUUCAGAAUAUGUAACUCUACCAUCGGGAUUUAGGCUAACUUGGAACAGCUAAAAUAAUGCUCCUGUGAAGGGGGUGGGAUAUCUUUAUUAAUCAGCACUUCUCUGUAUUGAAGAACUUCAAAAAAUUUAAUUGUCAUCAUCAAGACAAUAAAAUGAUUUUAGGCAAUGCAUUUACUUAUUUAAAAAUUCAAACAAUUUUGAGC